AUAACAAAUCAGAUUAUUUCAAUUUAUAUAUGUUAAUUUGUUUAACUCAUUAUUUUGGAAAUUCAUAAUUAAUAGUAAUUAUAUGUUUCCGGCAACAUUUGUUUAGGCGCCAGAAUAAAAUAACAAAUCAGAUUAUUUCCAUUUCAAUGUUCUCAUUUCGUUUUCUUCAUUUUAUUAAUAAAGUGAUUUUAUUAAUCCACGUGGAUCAUGAGUCUAGUCAACAUUGAUGCCUUCGUGCCUAUGAAAAAUUUGGAAUAAAUGAUUAAUAUUAGAUAUUUGCUUCUAUUAACUGAUAACUACUCCAUUUUCUGACAAUAAAUUGAUUGAUGUUUCACCGCAAUCUUCAACGAAAACAAAAAGGAGGAGGGAGAAGAAUAUUUCAUGGCUACAGAAAAAUAUCUGGGAGGUAUUGGAGCCAGGUCAGGGGAUGAGUUGGAGCAGCUAAAAGAAUAUCGCGAGGCUAGAGACAAAUAUGAGGAAGGUAUUGCAGCCAUAUCAGGUUCGAGUCCCGAGGAGAGGUUGAAAGAACUUGAAAAGAUUGUGGCAGAUACAGAGCAUGAUCUUGAGCGUAAAAAGCGAGAGCAUGAACACGAAGAGCGAGUGCUUAAGCGAGUGCUUCAGUACAACAAGCGAGAUGUUGUGCAAUUGAGAUCUUCUUUAACAGCAUCAGCUCCACAGCAAGGAAUUGAUUCACUUCGAAGAAGUUUGCCAGCAUAAUCUGAUGAUGAGUUCACUUUAAUUAUUUAAGUGAAUUAACUAAAAUAAGUUCGUACUGGCAAUAAUAUUGUUGGGCUUCAUCUUACAUGCAUGUAUUGAAAAAAUUGCAUUGACGACCAUCUUCUUAUAGAGUCAAUUCUUGUCUUGUUACUGUUAAUGGAAGAGCCAUAACAUCAUCAAGUGCUUAUGAUGACCCA